CCUGGGGGCGGUGCGGGGACGGCUGUGAGGGACUCCGGGAAGUGCCGCUMCCCAUGCACGGCGCGGAGGAGGCGGCGGCGGGGCCGCGGGUAAAAGCGGCGAGCACGAGCACGCAGACCGACAGCAUGGCCGGUCAAAUGCCACGACUUUCUAAGGUCAAUCUUUUUACUUUAUUAAGUCUCUGGAUGGAGCUCUUUCCCUCGGCUGAACAACAGAAAAAAUCCCAGGUGAAGAAGAGUGGUCUAGUUGUGGUGAAAAACAUCAAGAUCAUUGGUCUUCAUUGUUCCAGCACAGAAUUGCAUGCUGGCCAGAUUGCACUCAUUAAACACGGAUCAAGACUUAAAAACUGUGAUCUUUAUUUUUCCAGAAAACCAUGUUCAGCUUGUUUAAAAAUGAUUGUAAAUGCUGGGGUGAACAGAAUUUCUUACUGGCCUGCAGAUCCUGAAAUCAGCUUGCAGAACGAGGUGUCCAGUCCCACAAGCACUGAGGAUGCAAAGCUGGAUGCCAAGGCAGUGGAAAGACUAAAGUCAAACAGUCGUGCUCGUGUGUGUGUGCUACUUCAGCCUCUGGUGCACUGCAUGGUGCAGUUUAUUGAAGAAACUUCCACAAAGUUUGAUUUUAUUCAGAAAAUAGCAAAAUCACAGCCUAACUGUGAUACUGACUUUUAUACUGCAUGUAGGCAAGAAAGAAUAAAAGAGUAUGAAAGUUUAUUUCUAAUUUCAAAUGAGGAAAUGCACAAGCAAAUAUUAAUGACAAUAGGACUGGAGAACCUCUGUGAAAACCCAUACUUCAGCAACCUUAGGCAAAAUAUGAAAGAACUUGUCUUGGUCUUGGCCACAGUGGCUGCCAGUGUCCCUGUCUUUGGAUGCUUUGGAUUUUACAAGAGUGGAUCACAACAAAGCAAUGAAGCAGACGAUCAGUGUUUGCCCCAGGAUGUGGCAAGGCACUGUAUGAUACAAGCCAGGCUGCUUGCAUAUCGCACAGAGGAUCAUAAAACGGGAGUUGGAGCUAUUAUUUGGGCAGAGGAAAAAUCAAGAGGCUGUGAUGGAACUGGAGCAAUGUAUUUUGUAGGCUGUGGUUACAAUGCCUUUCCUGUUGGAUCUGAAUAUGCUGAUUUUCCACAUAUGGAUGAUAAGCAAAAAGAUCGGGAAAUUAGAAAGUUCAGAUAUAUUAUCCAUGCGGAGCAGAAUGCCCUAACAUUCAGGUGUCGAGAAAUAAAGCCAGAUGAGAGAAGCAUGAUAUUUGUGACAAAAUGUCCAUGUGAUGAAUGUGUUCCUUUAAUUAAAGGAGCUGGUAUCAAGCAGAUCUAUGCAGGAGAUGUUGAUGCUGGAAAAAAGAAAGCAGACAUAUCCUAUAUGAAGUUUGGUGAACUUGAGGGUGUAAGCAAAUUUACAUGGCAAGUAAGUCCAUUGCACACUAAUACCCUUGAAUUCCAUGAUCCUACAGCCAGGGAAAAUGGGGUCCAGAAAACAAAAUCGCUGGAUGACCAGCAGCACCAAAACAAGAAACUGUGUCUUGGUCAUUACUGAAUAAUUAAGCACUUCCUGCAGUCUUGCUUCGUACUUUUUAUACUACAGCCUGUUUGCACUUUCAAAUAAGGGAGAGUUUUAUUUAAUGUUUGGAAAGUGAAUUUUAGAAUAAGUUUAUUUAUUAUGUCUUUAAUGUUUUAUGAUGUUACCUAAAGGUCUUUUUAAUUUAGAAGCUCCUGGCGAAAAAAUGCUGCUUGUAUUUUCUGUUAAAGUAACUGGGUGGCUGAUCAUUUUAAACACAUUUUAAAAAUAUAUACUGAAAGUUUAUUGCUAGUAGAGCAGAGUAAUAAUAAAAUGGUGUCUUACUUGCUUGGUGUAUGGAUUGAGGGAAUGGAUUUUUAAGUUCUGGGCUAGCAAAAAGGCAGAAAUAAACUCUAGUUCUUCAAAUACAAUUGUCAGGGGAGUCUUCUAGGAAAUGGUAAACAAAAAUCACCAGCAACUACUUCUGUUCUUGAAAGUGACUUUUGCUUUUCAGUCUGCUUCUCAUUAUAAUGGACACAAAACCAUUGGGAUAGUAACCAUUGCUAGGUAAAUGAUUUGCAGACCAAUCUUGUCUCUGAUACACUCUUCAUACUAUAGCAGCAGAACUGUUUAGUUUUGUGGUACCUGCCUUGCUGCUCUGUGUGUUUCCUCAAGUGCAGUCCAUCUGAAUUAAUGAAGACAAGGAUUAGCUUUGCUUUUUGUCAGGUUCUGAAAGCAGGCCUAAAAGCAUUUGGCUGUAUGCAUCUCACUGGCAUCUACAUACAUGUGAACAUUGCUUGUGUUGAGGUUUUGUCAAUCUUUGCUAACAGGCACCUAGGACUACAGAAGCUAAUAAAUCACCAGUGUCGUGUUGUUUCUUAGAUAGCAUGAUGUGUACCAGUGUAAUAGCCCAAAUCUUUUCAGGUGCCAGUCUCUUGGAUGACUACAUGUGGAGCAAGGGUGACAUUAAAACAGCUGCUGAAACUGCAAUCUAGCGUUGCUAGUUUUGAGGGGAUAAGUAAUAGGUGACCGGAACAAAGAAUUGUACCCAGAAUUUUUUGAGCGGUCUGUCUCCUAAUUCCCAUCUGUUUCCUGCUUUGAAUCUGACCUCUGAAGUGUUUGUUUUAGCAGAUGUCCCAAGAUUUUCUGUUCACUACUCUGCUGAGCUCUCAAGUACAAAUACCUUAAAUAUUUUCUGCUCUUUCUGGUAGGAUAUGUAAACAACCCUUUCCCAGGUCUUUCAUGUGUCUUUGCUGCCCUUCUUAAAGUCCUGGAAGGGGAAUCAUGUCUUAAGAUGCAUCUGUAGGUUUUCCUUGUUUCUUUUAGGUUUUGGGAAAGCUUGAAGCUGGAUAGCAGGGCUGUGACUGGAUAGUGUACACUGUCCAAAUUAGAAUAAAAAGUCUGCUCUUGUCCACCCACUGAAACCUUCUCAUUUCCAUAAUCCAUUGGCAAUGCUCUUCUACAUGAAGUAGAAGUAAGGGGAAAAACAGGGCUGGAUUUAAGGUCCCUUCAAGUUUUAUAGUGAUCUGUCUGCUGGUAUCAAAAUGUGUAAAAUCUGUAUCUUCAUAGGAGCAGCUGAAAUUGAAAAGUCCCUGAAAUGUCAUAGGUGCCCUGGGUACACAGAGAAGCAAAUUAAGUAAAAUAUCACACACAUGAAAUAACUACACUGCAGUAAAUGCUGCAGUCUGGAACAUUUCUCUACUGGAGUAAUCUCUGUUUCAGGAGGAGUUAAGAUUCUAUCUUUUAAUUACUUUUUUUUUAUAAAGAGGAAUUUUUUACUUUCUGUGAAACUUGGAAUUGCUUGUAAGGCUGAAGGCUUUGAAGCCUGGCUUUAUUUCUGUCUUACUAUCUUCUACAGAUUCUUUCAGAGGUUCAGAAAUUUCUGUAGGCUUUGAUUCUCACUAUAACCCUACUUCUUUAAUUUUUACUGGAAUUACAAAGUAGGGACUUUAUCUUGGCCAACAGGAACAAUGUCAGUGGGGUUCCUGGUUCCUCUCUCAGCCUGUGGACUCUGUAAGUGCUGCUCUGCUUGUCUGAUUACCAGAGAGAGAGCUACAGAAUACUUGACAUCUCCUGCAGUGCUUAUUUUGCAAAUCAACUCUAGAAUGUUUGUUUCUUACAUAAAAACUACAAAGUAUUUACUCAAGAAAUAUAAAAGUUAUAUAUUUUAUACAUUGUAUGAUAUUUCCAUGUGCAUUUUGAGACUCAUUCAUUUCAGAACAAUCAUUUUAAUUGCAGGUAUUAACAGUAAUAAUUUGGCCUCUUGACUGAGAAUUACAGAAAUUCUCUGUUAAUUGUCUGCCUUACAGCAAAAUAUGCUUCCUGCUAAUAAAUUAAUCUGUC